CGCCUUGUCUCCAUGAACAUGCCACUGAACAGUGAUGGGACUGUCAUGUUCAAUGCCACUCUCUUUGCGUUGGUCAGAACAGCACUGAGGAUCAAGACAGAAGGUAACCUGGAGCAAGCCAACGAAGAGCUGAGAGCAAUAAUUAAGAAAAUCUGGAAGCGCACCAGUAUGAAGCUGCUGGACCAGGUGGUGCCCCCUGCGGGUGAUGACGAGGUGACUGUCGGGAAGUUCUACGCCACUUUCCUGAUUCAGGAGUAUUUCCGGAAGUUCAAGAAACGUAAAGAACAGGGGCUGGUGGGCAAGCCCUCCCAGCGGAACGCGCUCUCCUUGCAGGCUGGUUUGCGCACGCUCCACGACAUUGGGCCAGAGAUCCGACGAGCAAUUUCUGGAGACCUGACAGCUGAAGAAGAGCUAGAUAAGGCCAUGAAAGAGGCUGUUUCAGCUGCCUCUGAAGAUGAUAUCUUCCGGAGAGCCGGAGGCUUGUUCGGAAACCACGUCAGCUAUUACCAAAGUGACGGCAGGAGCGCGUUCCCCCAGACGUUCACCACCCAGCGACCUUUGCACAUCAACAAGUCUGGCAACAACCAAGGAGAUACGGAGUCUCCAUCUCAUGAGAAGCUGGUGGACUCCACCUUCACUCCCAGCAGCUACUCAUCUUCAGGCUCCAACGCCAACAUCAACAACGCCAACAACACUGCCCUGUGCCGCUUCCCCAGCCCACCCAGCUACCCCAGCACUGUCAGCACAGUGGAAGGCCACGGGACCCCUUUGUCACCCACCAUACGUGUCCAGGAAGCUCCUUGGAAACUACCUUCCAAAAGUUCCAGUUCCAGAGACAGCCAGCUGGCAAUUGUUUGCCAAGAGGAAGUGUCUCAGGAUGAGACUUAUGAUGAAAAUUUGAAUGAAGACAUUGAGUACUGUAGUGAACCAAGCCUGCUCUCUACUGAAAUGCUUGCAUACCAAGAUGAUGAAAACAGACAACUUACUCCACCAGAAAACAACAAAGGAGAGGACACCCGGCACUCUCCGAAGAAAGGCUUUCUGUGCUCCUCGGCACUAGGUCGAAGAGCAUCUUUCCACUUAGAGUGUCUGAAAAGACAGAAAAACCAGGGCGUAGACGUCUCGCAGAAGACAGUUCUGCCUUUGCACCUGGUACAUCAUCAGGUCUUGAUUUCGGAAGGACUCAUGCAGUUUGCUCAAGAUCCAAAGUUCAUUGAGGUCACAACCCAGGAGCUCGCAGAUGCCUGCGACAUGACGAUAGAAGAGAUGGAAAAUGCAGCAGACAACAUUCUCAAUGGUAACAGCAAGCAGAGCCCCAAUGGCAACCUCUUGCCUUUUGUUAACUGCAGGGACCCAGGGCAGGACAGUGCAGGAGAGGAAGAGGAAGAGGUGCAGAACCCGGAUUGUAGAAAAAGUCAGGAGGAGCUCAAGGACAGCAGGAUUUAUAUCAGCAGCCUGUAG